AUGUCCCACCACCAUGAGACAAACCCACACUUUCUCCCUCGUCAACGCGACCCGGUCCUCGAGUUCCCCUCACGAACGCCUCCACGGCGCUCGAGGCCACCGCCUCAUGCCACCCCAACACAGCACCCUGCACCGCCCCACCAUCCGACACAUAUUAAGCCUGUUGUUGAGGCUCCGCACCAACCCCAUGCCACCCCAGCACAGCACCCUGCACCGCCUCAUGACCGAACACAUAUUAAGCCUGUUGUUGAGGCGCCGCACCAACCCCAUGCCCCCCCAGCACACCACCCGACAAAUGUUAAGCCCGUUGCACCCUUUGUAGUUGAGGCUCCGCACCAAGCCCACCAAGGAUCCAGACCCCAUUCGGAUUCUCAUACACGCCCACACCACCACCCUGGUCUCAUCCACGCCCCAACGUCCCAGCGGACCAAGCCGGUCACCUGGCUGGUGGCAGCAUUCUGUAUGCUCUUCUGGAUACUGGUGAUCGUGGGCGGCCUGAUAGUCCUGAUAGUGUACCUGGUGUUCCGGCCGCACAACCCAUGGUUCGACAUCUCAACUGCAACCAUCAACGCGGCGUACCUAGACAUGGGCUACCUGCUGAACGCCGACGUGACGGUGCUAGCCAACUUCAGCAACCCCAACACUAAGGUGAAGGUGGAUUUCAGCUACGCGAUCCUCGACCUCUACAUAGACCACAAGUUCAUCGUCACCAGCUACAUUCCGCCGUUUUCGCUGAUGAGGGGCGGCUCGAGGUUUGCCAACGUGCACAUGGUGGCUAGCCAGGUGGCGCUAUCGACAGCGCAGAGCAUGCAGCUACAGAAACAGAUAGAACAAGGAAGAAUGAACCUUGAUAUAAGAGGAUUGUUUAAAGCUAGGUCUAAAUUAGGCGGCAUAUUCCACUACUCAUACUGGAUGUAUGCACAUUGCCAACUCGUCCUUUCCGGCCCUCCCACCGGAGUUUUGAUCAGUAAAAAGUGUGUUGUCAAGAAGUGACGACGACAUACGAGAGAACUUCAAGCCCUUAAAAAUAGUCCAAAAUUGCCAUUUUUUGUACUUCCUAAACAAUUAAUCAUUUUCCAUAUCAUCAUCAUUAUUUAAAAUGUGAGUUUCCACAUCAACUUUCAUUCUACAUAUUUACAAGGAUGGAUACUUUUACAUUGCAUUUCAAUAUAGUCCACUCGAGUCUAAACGGUGUCUCAAUCGCAAUCCUUCGGCUUCUUUCUUGUACUGCUUUGACUCGAUAUAAUUUUGAAUUGACAU